UGGUACGACGCUAACUUACCUGGCGUUAGCACGGCAGCUGGUGCAGAGAAAAAAGCAAAUUAUACAGUAAAGUAGAGUAUCUAACGUUGUUUUUUUAACCUAUAAAUUUACCAGACACAGUUUGGGAUUAACCCCCAGUUUUAAAAACGUUAUUCCAGCUCACUUACGAGCAGUUUUGGCCUGUAUUGUUGACUAGUUAUCAGCUAUGUUUACAGAGCUCAACAGUAUCUUGAACACCAGUCCGGACAGCUUCACACAGGGAGAAUUUAUCUUGGUCUCAGACAGACAGAGUGAUGCCUCUUUCCUCAUUCACCACUUCCUCUCUUUGUACCUACGAGCUCGAUGCAGAGUUUGGUUUCUGGGUCUGGUGCAGUCCUUCAACCAUUACAGUGCAGUCAGCCAGAGACUGGGUGUAAGCCUUGCACAAGCAAAGGAGAAGGGGCAGCUGGUUUUCCUGGAGGGACUGAAGGAGUCGUUGUCUGUUUUAAUUCCUCAAGAAACAAACACGGGAAGUCAAGCCAUGGACUUCCUCAGGGAUCCUGCCGUUGGCCUGAAGAGUCUGUACGAGUUUGUCCGGUCCAGUGUGAGCAGUUCUAGUGGCAGCGACGAGGGGCCGGAUGGGGCCGAGGAGUGGGGGCCCCCGGUGUUGCUGGUGGACGACCUCAGUGUGCUUCUGAGUCUGGGGGUGAGCGUUGGAGCUGUGUUGGACUUCAGCCACUACUGCAGAGCCACCGUCUGCUCCCAGCUACAGGGCAAUGUGGUGAUGCUGGCACGCUGCGAUGGGGAGGAAGAGGAGGACGACGAAGAUGACGAAGGCUCAGAGAGACUUCUGAAGGGCCUGACCCACCAGUGUAGCCUCACUCUUCAUGUACAGGGUCUCCCUACUGGCUACUGCAGGGACAUACACGGGCAGGUGGAAGUGUGUUGGAGGAGGAGACAAGGCGAUGGGCAGCACACACAGAAGAAAGUCUUUCAGUACAAGGUCCACGAUAAAGGAGCCUCCUUCUUCGCUCGCGGGACGUCCAGCGCCGUCCUCUAGUGCCACGUCUCCACCUCUCCGUUUGCCUUUUGUCUCUUUGGCAUGUGACAAAUGACUGUUAUAUUUUAAUAUCACCAGAUAAUACAGAUGUUACAGUGGUUGGUAAACUUCACCAGCCAGAGCCAAGCUUUACAUUUUGGUGCUCGCUCGUGUCACUGACCCAGUCUGGGAAGAACACCAUGAUCCUGCCAGCUGAUAGUCUGGUUCCAGAUCUGUGUGUUGCUGCUCACUUCUCUUAUUUACGACCGCCUGACGGUCAGGCUGAUCUGCUGAAGGUGUGACUACAGACUCGUGUUAUUUCUUUGGUCACUAUAUGAGUUGUUUUUGUGUGUUGACAGCAUGCUAUAAAUGCAGAACCGUUUACAUUUGUAAUGGUUAGUGAACAUUUUGUUGGACGGUGGAUGGAUUGAUGUUUAGCUAUAUUCACAGAGCCUUCACUCUCUGAUAAACUUGUCCUGCAUUAGAAACGUAUGCAGUUAAAACAACCGCGGUGCUAAUAGAACAAUGGACAAGCAUCAGGGAGAAGAAAACACUGAAUUUGUCCCAAAAAAAAGCCUAUUUAAGUAUGUAUGAUUUUUUAAAAAUAGAUAAAAUAAAAAUAUACAUAAUACUGACAGAAAAUUGCAUUCAAAGUAUCAAUAAAAACUCUGUGUCUUUGAUACGAUAUUCACAGGAAAUAAUCUGCUGCUCUGUGUUCACUGUACAGUUUAUCAGUUGUUCUGACCUGUUAUUGUUUGCCAUUGAAUAUAAUAUGAAAUAUCAAAAACAUGUUGUUUUGUCAGGUGUCGACAGUUGACUCAGUGAUAAAUAAAGGUUGGGAACCACUGCUGUAGACCAAUACAUUGGUGACAGUGCUGGUAUAUAAGAGAAUAAUAAUGAAUAAAGAUGAUUAUUUCCAUCCAGAAUUGCUUUCUUACCGCUGAAUGGAGCUGUUGCUGUUGAUGUUGGUUGAAUAAAAUAAUAAA